AAAGAAGCUUAUCAGGUUAUUUCAUUGAUGUGGCGGUGCAAGUAGAAACUAAGGAAAAUGUUCGUGGGCAGUAAAUGGGUACGUAAGAUGGCGACACAAACUUUAGUAGCCUUGCUGCUAUUGCAAGUGCUAAUUGGUUGUACAGAGGCAGCCACGAAAUGCCACAAAUGCACAGGAAUUAAUUGUCAGCGCACCAGCUACACAGCCACUGAGGAUUGUGUGGAUGCACUUGACAGCUGUACGACUAUUUUUCAAGGAUCUACCGUUUUGGCACAAGGCUGUUUGGGCCAAUUAGCGGUGGAGUUACGCAAUAAAUGCGAAACGCCAACUAAUACAAAUGAAGACAACGAAGUCGCUAUGGAAGGUGAGAAAUUGCAAACGGCGAAUGCAGCUUGUUAUCGGUGCCGUGAAGAUUUGUGUAAUGAAGUGAGUGGUGAGGCGUUCGAGUGUAUACAAUGUGACUCGAAUGCGGAUGGCGAGUGUGCAAGCGGAAAUCUGCAACCUGCAAAAUGUCCUAUCGGGAGAUCUAUGAAUUCUUAUUGCUAUACGAAGGUGGAGGGAAAGCGUGCGAUACGUGGUUGUGCAACAAAUUUAGUAGAACAAAAAGAAUGUUUGAAUAGUAACGAUUGUGUGCUGUGCUCACCAUUGGACAUUAGCGGCUGCAAUCGAGAUCCCAAAAUUUCAACAGAUGGCACCGGCUCAGGUUCUGAGAGCGGUGGUUCAGAUAAUGGAACUGGUACUGGCGACGGAGGUUCAAGUUCUGGAGGCGGAGGCGGAAAUGGGGGCGGGUCAGGUACUGGCGAUGGUGGUUCAAGUUCAGGAGGUGGAGGGGGAAACGGUGGUGGAUCAGGUACUGGCGAUGGUGGUUCAAAUUCAGGAGGUGGAGGCGGAAAUAAUAGUGGAUCAAAUAAUGGCACGGGUUCUGGUACUGGUGAUGGUGGUUCAAGUUCGGGUAAUGGAGGCUCCGGUACUGAAAGUGGUGGCUCAGAUAAUGGCUCCAGUUCUGGUAAUGAUACAACCGAUUCGGGAAAUAAUAAUACCAGCGGAGCUACGCUCAUCUCAAAUUACAAACUAUUGACAACUGUUAUUUUUAUUUUAUUAGCUUUAUUUAAAUUUUAAGAUAAUCUGUAAUGAGAUAAAUU